CACUUUGUCCUCUACGUCAUGAGUGAUUAGUCCAAAGUUCCUACUCAGAAUUAGAUAGAGCUUGAUUGGUGAUUCGGCUUGCAUCAUCCUGCAUAUUUUUUAUUUGCAACGUUCUGUUAUAAAACAUACAUACAAGCGUUUUAUCGACCUUUUUGCAGAAAGACCUCAGUGAAAUUCCUUACGGUAUCAUGAGUGACACCAUGGCUGUGACACUGCCCCACAUGGAGGUCAUGGACCGACUAUGGCAAUUACCACUUGUGGAGACAGCUUGGCUCACAUCUACAGGACUGUACGACCGAGUUAAACAGUCCCAUGGACUGGCACACUGGACCCUGUCCACAGCAGAAGGUGCUGUUUCUCGUGCAGUAGAGACCAUCGCACCGGUCGCUAACCGACUCGCCACACCCAUACAUAUUGUGGACAUGAAGCUUUGUCAGGGACUGGACAUCCUCGAGCAGAAGGUGCCAAUGGUGAAAGAACAACCACAACAGGUAGGAGAGAUUCUGGACAAUGCAAAGGAGGUGGUGAGUGCAAGAGUGGUGCAACCUGUGGUGCAGACAGCUGCUGCCGCCCGGCAAGUAAAUGUAAGCUCCCUGCGAGAUCUGUCCUGGUCCAAGGCAAACGAGUUACUGGAGUCUCGUUACGGACAAGUGGCUCUCUCUGGCUUGGAUACCAGCAGCCUGUUGGCUGACAGCUACUUGGAUUACUACCUACCUGAAGAAGAUGAAGUUGAGGAGGAAGAAGAUAACAAAAUCCACCCCAGCACCCAGUGUGAGGAUAAGGUUCUACACACAGCCCACACGGUCGGACGAUUGUCUCAUAAGGCAGGCCGGCGUCUUUACCGCUCUGUAAAUAACCGUCUGCGUCAAGUCAACCUGCAGAAUAUCAAUGAGUACCUCAACAGUCUCCGUCUGGUUGUUCAUCUCACAAGCUACCUUAACGCCGUUAACCAGGGAGUGGACCACCGCACCUCCAAUCACACUACCUCCAACUGAGACUGGACAUUCCAUGUUGUUUCUACUGGCUCAAUUAAUAUGAAAAUAUAUUUUGAUAGUAAUAUUUUUUCCUAUACACAUAAUUAUAUUAAAAUAAAUAUAUAAAUAUUUUAAAUCUGUAAUUUUAGAGAAAUAUGAAUGUCAGUAGAUGGUAUUUAUAAUGUUACUGCAAUGUUGAUUUAUAUUAUUAAAUGUUUCUGGUAUUU